GGUCAAUCCAGGCCUGCGACUGCAGCUUUGUCGUCCCAACUUUUUGACUCGAACACCGACAACAGUCAGAACGACCCUCUUCCCCAGCCUGAGUUAACAUGGGCUGCCCCCUUCUCGAGUUGUGUUGAGGAUGGCCGGUCCGUAUCUCAGACACAUCAAUCUCUGAACGAGAAAUACCCCGCGCGGGUCGUCACACCAACCCUGCCCGAAAACACCACACCAGCAACCAUAGAUAGGUGCCCAACGCCGCAAUGUCCGAUGGCUCCCGCACGGCGCUUUCGAAGUCGACCUUCCACUUCGCAGCCGGCCUCGGCUCCGGCGUGCUCUCCGCCGUCCUCCUCCAGCCGAUCGACCUCCUCAAAACCCGCGUGCAGCAGUCCGGCGCGCACUCUCUCUCCGCCGCCAUAGCCGACAUCCGCGCCGCCCCACGCCUCCUCCCAGCCCUCUGGCGCGGCGCCGUUCCCUCCGCGCUACGCACCGGCUUCGGCUCCGCCAUCUACUUCACCUCCCUAAACGCCAUCCGGCAAAGCGCCGCCCGAAUCUCCCCGCUCCCCACCUCCAGCAGUACAACCACAACCAGCACCACAUCCUCCUCCCUCCCCAAACUCUCCAACACCUCCAACCUCCUCGCCGGCGCCGCCGCCCGCUCCCUCGCCGGCCUCCUCCUGAUGCCCCUAACCGUCCUCAAAGUGCGCUACGAAAGCACGCUCUACUCCUACACCUCCCUCGCCUCCGCCGCCCGCGACAUCGCGACCCACGAAGGCCUGCGCGGCUUCUUCGCGGGCUACGGCGCGACCGCCGUGCGCGACGCGCCCUACGCGGGCCUGUACGUGCUGCUGUACGAGCAGAGCAAGAAGCGGCUCGGGACGCUCUUCCCCACCACCACCACCACCACUACUACCCUGGGAGGAGGAGGAGGAGGGGGGGAGAUGGGGCUGCAGCACGCGGCGGGGAUCAACUUCGCGUCGGGGGUGCUGGCCGGCGUGGUGUGCAGCGUGGUGUCGAACCCGUUCGACGCCGUCAAGACGCGCAUCCAGCUGCAGCCGGGCCGGUACCGCAACAUGGUGCAGGGGGCGCGGCGCAUGGUCGGGGAGGAUGGCCUGCGCGCGCUGUGGGACGGGCUCGCGCUGCGCAUGAGCCGCAAGGCGGUUAGCUCGGCGCUGGCGUGGACUGUGUAUGAGGAGCUGAUUCGGCGUGCGGAGGGCGGGUGGCGGGCGGCGGCGGCGAGGGAGAGUUUGUGAUGUGAUGUGGAUGGGUGCGUUUGUGGCUGUUUGGGUUGGGGAGAGGGAUGGGAUGGGAUGGGGUGGUGGCGUUGGCUGUUAUUUGCAUGGGCAUGACGGCGGCGUUAUGGGUUG